AUGUACAAACAGAAAUCGCUGGAGCUGAGAGAUAUAAACUAUGUGUAUGAAAAUUCGUGGGUUUGGGUUAACAUACAUUCCAUAAAAAAAAAAAAUGGAAGUUUAUAUAGGGAAAUAUUUGAAUAUUAUAAAAAUAAAAAUAAGAUAUUUUGUUUUUUUAAAGGAAAAGUAAAAAGUUUCGUAUCAAGUAAAGAUGUAGAAAUAAAUAUUUGUGUAGACGACAAUUAUGGAGCUUUUAAAAAUAAUAUUAAUUACAACAUUAUAGAAAAUGUAAAAUAUUUAUUACCUAUUGAUACAAAUUUUGGUUGUAGCGAUAAUACAGAAUUAAUUUAUUUAAAUCCGCCAAAUUUAUUAGAAAAUAUUAGACAGAGAUAUAAUAAAGCAUAUGUGAAUGAAGAGAAUAGAGAUUGCAUAUACACCUACAUUGGGUAUAUACUUUUAUCAGUAAAUCCUUAUGAGAAUUUUAAAAUAUAUGAUGAAAAUUAUAUGAAAAAAAUAAAAAAUGAAAAUAAUUUAUUUGCCAUCCCUCACCCUUUUUCAAUUGCAAACGAUGCAUACAAUUGUAUGAUCAAGGACAAAGCUAGUCAGUCCAUAAUUAUAAGUGGUGAGAGUGGUGCUGGAAAGACAGAGUCUUCAAAGCAGGUACUAAGAUAUCUUACUUUUUUGAGUGCUUGUCAUAUGAAAGAAGAGGUGGAAAAACAUGAACAGAAGAAACAGCAGGAAUGGAAGGGAGAAGAGGAGGAGGAUGGGGAAGAUGAGAAGGAGGAGAAGACGAAAACGAAGAAAAAUAAGAAAAAAUUAAAAGAAGAAAAUGAAUAUAAUCACAAAAAAGGUGUUAUCAUAGGAGGUGCAACGGGGGAUCGUCGAGUCGUACCGCCUUCGAAUGAAGGAAAAGACAAAUUAAACCCAAACUUUAAGGAUACAGCAAAAUUUAGAGAAAUAAGCGAAAAUUAUAUGCACAACUCAGAUAAAAAAAAAAAAGAAAAAUGGAGCAAAAAUAAUUUCAUACAAUGUGAAGAAAAUAAUUUUUUAAAAGGUUGCUCUUCUUAUGAAGAAAAAAUUCAAAAUAGUAACCCAUUGUUAGAAUCAUUUGGAAAUGCUAAAACAAUAAAAAAUGACAAUAGUAGUAGAUUUGGAAAGUUGAUGAAAUUAAAUUAUAAUGAAAAUGGCAUAUUAAGCUCUGCGUCUAUUGAAACAUAUCUUCUUGCAAAAUCGAGAGUAGUUGAUGUUCCUUACGGGGAAGGGAAUUAUCACAUUUUCUAUUCCUUGUGUGAAAAUGUUAAAAUACGUAACGAGUUUGAUUUGUUGCCUUGGUAUAAAUACAACUAUUUGAAGACGAAGAAUGAAAUCAACAAAUUCAGAGAAAAUAGCGAUGAUAUUAGGAAGGCAAAUUUUGAAGGAAAUAAAGAGGCAGAGAAUAAAGGGAAUAACAACGCAGAAUGUAAGCGCCAUAAAAAAAGUACGAGUACAAGUAAAGGGAAAAAUAUGGAAACGUUGAACGAGACGGAAAAGGAAGAAGUGAUGUCUGAUACAGUUGAAUCCGGAAAGGACGAAAUGAUGAAGACGAGAAAUAAACAGCAGGGGAAAAAAGAGAAAAACGAUUUUUACACCAAUGAAGAAAACCUAAAAGUGAACAAAUGCUUGUACGAUUUGGAUUCUAUAAUAAAAUGUUUUCAGAGCAUAGGGGUUUACGAGCAAGAGCAGAAGGAAAUUUACAAAACCCUAAUUUGCAUUUUGCUUUUGGGAAAUGUGGACUUUGUUUUGGACAAGGAAGAAGAGGGAGGAGCGCUCAAAAUUAAAAACGAGGAGGUGUGUAAAAAGCUGAGCCAACUCUUGGAAAUAAAAAACGAUAAUAUGGAGAGAAGUAGCACAAGUAGCAGAAGCAGAAAUAAUAUCGAAAAGGAAAGUAACAAAAACAGUAGCAAUAGCAACAGCAAUAGCAAUAACUACGACAACAACAGAAUUGUCGAAAUAUUAACCAUAAAGAAGGUACGGGAUACAAAAAAAAAUUACACCUAUCAACAAGCAAUUUACAACAGGGAUGUCAUAUCAAAGGCUCUGUACCACCUUUUAUUUGAGUACGUAAUAAUGAGGGUUAACGAUUCACUGAAUGCACGAGAUGGAGGGGGCGUGGAUGAGAGGAGUGAUAAAGAAACCGAUGACGAAAUGUACAUUAGGGAGGAUCUAGGAGAGGAGGAUUGUGAAACACAGGACAGAAAAGGGAAAAACCCAAAAUUGAGCAAAAGAAGAAAAAUAGAUCAAAAAAUAGAGGACGGAAAUUACACAGAAUGCGGGAAACGUGCAAAAAAUUCUGAAUACAGAGAAUAUACCGAGCACACAGAACAUGCAGAAUACAUAGAACACAGAGGACACAUAGAACAUACAGAACACAUAGAACAUACAGAACACAUAGAACAUAAAGAACACAGAGAAUACGAAGAAAAUGAACUUAUCAUGGACGAGAGGAAUGAAAAUAAAAACUACUACAUAGGAAUAUUAGACAUUUAUGGAUUUGAAAACUUCUCGAAGGAAGGAAUGAACUGCUUUGAACAACUGUGUAUUAAUUAUGCGAAUGAAGUUUUGCAUGCAUUUUUUUUAAAACAAAUAAUUUAUAAUGAGCAAAAAAUACAUUAUGAAGAAAAUUUAUUUCUGGAAAAAAUUCCAUAUAAUGAUAACAGUAAUGUAAUAUCCCUCAUUGGAGAUACUAGAGAUGUUAGCAUAUACACUAUAUUAGAAGAUUUGUCUUUACUAUUUUCAUCAAAUAAAUCGAAUGAAGAAAACAAUAAAAAUUUGUUUUUUGAAAAAUUAAAUAAAAAUGUUAUAAGUUCGGCAAAAUACAAAAAUAUUAUAAGAAAUUAUAAAGCAUCAAGUAAUUGCUUCAUCAUUUCUCAUUACGCUGGUGAUGUUCUUUAUGACUCUCAAGAUUUUUUUAAUAAAAAUGUAGACAUACUUACAAAUGAUAUAGAAGAUUUUUUAUCUAGUUGUAAUCCGUUUAUCAGAACUAAUUUGUUGAAAAGGAAAAGAUUUGUAUAUGAUAAAAAUUGCAUGAAGGCUAACAGUUAUAAAAAAAUGGAGGAGAUGAAAUUGAAGAGAGGAAACAAACAUGGAAGGCGGAAAUUAUCUGUAAAGGAAAUGAUAUCCCAUCAUGAGAUUGAAUCAAGAGGGAUUCAUCUAUUUUCUCACAAAGACAAUUCCAAUAUGAGUGAUUAUGAUGAAGGGGACGCAUGUGAUAGGAACUAUCGAGUUGGCGACCGGAACGGUGUUAGUUGUUAUGUAGGGCGAAAAAACAAGGUAAAAUCCAUUUUUUCGUCUUUCAAAAAACAACUGGAAAUUCUAACGAACAAACUAGACAAAACAGUAUCAAGAUUCAUCAGGUGCAUAAAACCAAAUGAACAAAAGAAGGCUAAAUUUUUUAAUAAAAAUUUGGUGUUGAAUCAAUUAGUUAUGAGUGGAAUGGUGGAUAUCCUAAGUUUAAUGAAAAAUGGAUAUCCAUGCCGAGUUCCAUAUGAUGAUAUGUGGAUUAGCUAUAAUAAUAUUUUACAAGACGAAAUGAAAUCCUUCUUAACACCUAAAAUGUUUUGUGCAAUUAUACUAAAAUUUUUGGAUAUCAAUUCUAGUGAAUAUACAUUUGGAAAAACCAAAAUUUUUUUUCGUUUUGGUGUAUUAUCUAUAAUAAAUGAAAUACUAAAUAAAAGUUAUGAAAAAAAAAAUAAAUUCAUAGAAUGUGUUUAUAAAUUCUGGCUGUACAAAAGAAAAAGAAAAAUUUUACAUUUUGUUCUAUAUGGAUGUAGAUUUAAAAUUUUAAUAAAAAAGUUGAGAGCGAAAAAGUUAAUGGAACAUGGAUUGCAUUACUAUAAUAAUUAUUUAUUACAGAAAAAAAAAAAUAAUCUUCAAAAAAUUCUCUUUUAUUAUUUUUAUGUCUAUAAACAGAGAAUCUAUUUCUUGCAAUUAAAAAAAAGUUCCCUCGUUAUACAAAAGCACGUUCGAGCAUAUAUUACGAGAAAGAAAUAUUUACAUAUCAAAAGACAGGUCUUAUUUAUUCAAGAUUAUUAUCUAUUUCAAGGGUAUUUUAAGCAGAGAACAAAAGCAUCUAAUGUUAUUAGAAAAAAUUGGAUUGCAUAUAUUACCAAAUCGGAUUAUCAAUACGUUCGAAGGAGUAUUAUUAAAAUACAGCGGGCGUUCAGAAAGUACAUGAACAGUAAAUAUAUAAAAUACUGUUUAAAAGUAGUCAAUGUUAAGAAACAGCCUAAGCGUACACAUUGUACUGUUGUCAAGAAUGAGACCUGGGACGAAAAGAAACCUGAAUUUGAAUUUCCCCACGGGAUGAGCUUAAAACUCCAACAGGAUCAGGAGAAUCCAAGCAAGAACAGUUCAUCUCAAUCUUUAAAAAAAAAACACUGCGAAGAUGCUGAUCGAAUUGGAUCCUUCAUAUGUGUAGAGAGGAAAAAGCAUAGACACUCCUUCUCCAUAGGCGAAAAAUUGGAUAUUUCGAAAAACAGAAAUAUCCUUAAAAGAAGAAAAACCUGGAGUGCUCUGGAAAGCCAUUCAAAAUAUGUUUACACGCCAGAGAGAUAUGAUCAUAAAGAACUAAAUUAUAUUGAUAGAGGUAUUUCCAAGCAUAGUUAUAGUAAUGUGAGGAUAGGAAACACUUUGAAAAAACAGAAUGUGGGUAUAUAUACUGAUCCAAAGGAAUUUAUCAGUGUUGGAGACAUGGGGAAUAAAAGAAAAGCAGAAAUAAAAGCAGUUAAUAAGCAUAUUUUUGGUAAAAAUCAUAUGAAAAGAAAAACAUAUAAUCAUGCGAACCCGAAAAGUGAUUUCGCUUCGAGUUAUAAAAGAGAAAAAAAUAAAGUCUCUACUUAUUUGAAAAAUACGAUAUAUGACAGAUAUAUCAACAAGUAUAAGCAGAAUCAUAUGAAUAGGCAAAAGGAAAAGAAGAAAAAAUCCAUCUACAUAAAAAGCAACUAUAGCAAUAUCAGUAACAUUUACAGUGUUUACAAGCCUUCACGGGAGGAGAAAUUAGCUCAGCAGUACAAUUUUAACAUCACAGAUUCGCUCAUCAUUCCAGAGGAUUUCUGUGUUAGCAAGUCCAACAUCCCGGAGCCAAACAUAAUGCUGCAAAAUCACGAAAAUUACCUGUUGCUAUGUGAUUACUUGAACAACAAUUUGGAUUCUAAAAUACCCUUAAUAGAACUGAAUGCUUUCAAGUGCUUAUAA